AAAAUGACUAAGCGUAGUUCUCGAUUUGUCUCGUCAACUAGAGAAGAAAUUGAGGAAGUUCAGCAAGCCUCACGUAACAAGAAUACUGACAAGUCCAUAAAACAAUGGAUGGCUUUAUUUAUCAAGUUUCGUAACUUACAUGGAUACUCUCAAGAAAUCAUCGAACUAGAUAAUAAUACAUUAUCAGAUCAAUUAAAACAAUUUUUAGUUGAAGUUCGUAAGUCGAAUGGUCAGGAAUAUAAAGCCUCUUCACUUUAUACUAGAUUUUCUGCUAUUGCACAAGGAAUAUCUGAAACUUUUGAAGAAGUACGAGUUGUAAACAUAUUUGACAAGCACCAGUUUAGAAGUUUACAUCGCACAUUGGAUGGUCGUAUGAAAUCAAUCAUUGAAAAAGGAAACAAGAAUCAUAAACAAUCGGAUCCAUUGGAAACUGAAGAGAUUAAAUUUUUACUUGACUCACCUGUUACAACAAUUAAUACUUCUAAAGGUCUUUUGCGAAGAGUUUGGAUUUGGCUAUCAUUAUUGUACUGUUUGAAAGGUGGUGAUGCUAAGCGAUUAAAAGCAUCUUGGAUUAAAGAAUUAGACAAUGGAGGAAUGCAACUUGAGUUACCUAAAGAAAAAAAUCAUGCUGGUGAGGUUAAAGAUCCGUACGCAGAAGCUGGCAUUAGUUUUAUUCCUUCUGAUUCUUUAGGAAAUGUAUAUACACCGGUUGCUGAUAUUAAAAGAUAUUUAUUAAGACGUCCAAAUAAUGUUGAAGAUAAUUAUUUUUUUGUCUCAAUUAAUGUUCCAAAAAAAGUUUACUGUGGUGAAUGGUAUCUGCCAACAAAACUAGGAAAGUGCUCUCAUGAUGCAAUGAUGCAUUCAAUAUGUGAGGAGGCUAAAUUGGAUUUUAAGGGUCGUAAUAUUACUAAUUAUUCAAUGAGAUCGACAGGUAUUCAUAGUCUGGUUGAAUCUGGAGUAUCGGCUUAUCAACAUCAAUCUAUGAAACGUAAAAUAGAUAAUGUUUCUCAUUUAAUUCCUACUGAAGAAACAGCAUCUGAUUUACUCUCAAUCACGUUAAAUAAGAAAACCAAAACAUCUGAAGAUAGAGAAUUAGAUGACCAAAAACCAACUGAUAUAAAUAAAAAUAUCCGAUUAAGUAAAGCUCUUGGUUUCAAGAAUGAGAAUUUAAAAAAAAUGCCUGAUCCGAUUGAAGCACAUAGCCCAAAGUAUAAGAAUUUUUAA